CGAGAACAAAGGAUGAUUUACUUUUCGUCUCAGCAGCGUGAAACGAUUCUAAAUUAUCUCGAUUGAAUCAUGGCCCUGUGUGCAAUGUGAUGGAAGACGGUAUCGCUGAGAAAAUUUCGAGGAAAUCAUAAGGCUGGUUUCAAGUUUAGAAAGACACCAUGACUUCCGCUGUUAGGGUUAUCGAACAGAUCAACGAGCAGCUGAUGUGCGCCAUUUGCUUGGAUCGCCUGACUGCUCCGGUGUUCCUAAAAUGCCUGCACACGUUCUGUUCACAAUGUUUGCAUAGAAUCGUCAAUAAUCACCCGUCAUCCUCGAUUACCUGCCCCACAUGCCGCGCAGAGACCCCGAUCCCGGACAAAGGAGUCGAUAUGCUAAUGCCAAACUUUUUUGUGAAUCAAAUGCUGGAUCUGGUUCACUUGAAAUCGGAAGAGCUGAAGAAAGAAAUACGCGAGGAGAAUAAGUGCCAAGCCUGUGAAAACGAGAAAACAGCGGACUUGGCCACUUCACGAUGCGUGGACUGUAAGAAGGACUUGUGCACGAGUUGCGUGGCAGAGCACAAGCGGGCCCAUUCCACACUCGACCAUAGGAUAAUUGCCACAAUCGAAGAUGAAGGUCAGCAGGAGAGUCAAGAGUUGGAUAGAUAUAGCCUAUCGUUUUGCAAGUACCACACUAGGAAUGUCAUCAAGUAUUUUUGCAACACGUGCGAUGAAGCCAUUUGUCGUGUUUGCACAAUUCUAGAGCACCGAGAGCACCAGUACGUCUACCCUAAGGAGGCUUUACCAGCCAGAAGGGGUGCCAUCGCAGAGCAGCUAGAACAAGCUAAGAUACGCAUACCUGAAUUGAAGAAAACGCUGUCCGGAGUGCAAGAAAUGUCAAAAAGGCUUACGGAGUGUAGAGAAGCAAUUGCAAAGGAAAUCAGCGAGAACGUGCAGGCACGAAUUGAAGCACUACGUGAGGGUCAAAACGAGCUCCUAAAGCACCUGGAUCAAAUUCAUGACGGGAAACAGAAAGUGUUGGGCUUGCAAAAGGACAGUAUUGAGUUGGAACUGGGAAAGCUUGCAGGCUGUUGCGAGUUUGCUGACAACGUCUUAAAGUUCGGCAACGAAGUGGAGGUUCUGCAGAUGAAAGGGCGCUUAGAAUCCUUGAAUGGUGUAAAGAUUCAGUUCGAGCCCGAAGAAGAUGACACAAUUCAAUAUGUUCACGAUCCAGCCACAACGAAGACUGUGUCGGAGUCACUCGGGAGCAUCCGGGCAAGUAGCACUUUUGCCUCGAUCUCAUACGCUAGCGGAGAUGGGAUCCAUACUGCGCGUGUCAAAAUGGAGACAACUUUCCGGCUGACAACCAAGGAUCGACAUGGCAAAAGGUGUAAAGGAGGAGACAGGGUCACAGUGGACAUAAGCCAACCCGAUGGGAUACCUCUGUCGUCAACGAUCAGGGAUGAAGGAGAUGGCACCUACACUGUGACUUACAUGCCAGAAGUGAAUGGUAAACAUGAAGUCUCUGUCGCUAUUCAGGACAAGCCGAUCAUGGGAAGCCCCUUCACUGUGCUUGUUGUCAACCGCCGAGAAUAUGCCGACGUUGGCCCGACACUUCAUCGAUUUGGACAGUAUGGCAGCAAAAAGCGCGAGUUUAAAUCCCCUUUCGGCGUGGCGGUUGACAACGAGAGCUACAUCUAUGUAGCCGAUAGCUAUAAUCACCGGAUACAAAUAUUCGGUCCACGGGGAGAAUUCGUUUCACAGUUUGGUUCUCAUGGGGAACGCAAAGGAGAGUUUAACUGCCCGACGGACGUCGCUCUGGAUAGUAAGGGAAGAAUCAUUGUCUGUGAUAAUGGCAACAAUAGAAUCCAGGUCCUUAGUCGGAAUGGCGCAUUUAUCGGAAAAUUUGGCCGUGAGGGUACGGGAAACGGUUACUUUAAAUCCCCCUGGGGGGUUGCGACCUCCCGAAAGAAUGAUAUCCUAGUUGCUGACAUGGAGAAUCACCGGGUGCAAGUUUUCUCUUCCGACGGGAAAUUCUUGACAAAAAUUGGCUGUUUUGGCGAUCGCGCAGGGCAGUUUAACUCUCCGUGUUACCUCCUUGUCAAUCCGGAAGAUGACCAUAUAUUCGUUUCUGACUCCAAAAAUCAUCGCAUCCAAGAGUUCGACAAAAAUGGGAAGGUUCUCCGCCAAAUUGGAUCCCAAGGAACUGGAGAGGGGCAGUUUUCACAUCCCCGUGGGUUAGCCAUCGAUAUCGCCGGUAAUCUCGUGAUAGCUGACAUGGGAAAUCAUCGUUUGCAGAUAUUGGCUGCUAACGGUAAGUUUGUAAAGGAGGCUGGCUCCGAGGGUAGCGGAGACGGACAGUUGUCUUUUCCAGAGAGCGUUGCGAUAAUGCCAAAUAGCGGAUACAUUGUUGUGUCAGAUCUUAGCAAUAACCGCAUUCAAGUGUUUUAAACGAGAAACUUCAUAUUAACGUAAUAAACUCUAAGCUGUGCGGAGAAUGGCUCGUAUAUUCAACUUUACGGCUCAACUGUAAGGGAACGUUAUUGUUUUUUUUCCCAAGCAAAACAUAAGGUGCUACCAACGCUUCCUUCCUAUUAGAUGAAAAUCGGGAAAUGAUUAGAUUCAUCGUUUCCCUUUUUGCUGUGACCAUAUAUGAUGUGAUGUGAUUCUACGCGGUAAACGUUCAAGAAUAGAUUCAAGAAUGAAUCAUUUCACAAUUGAAAAAAACAAAAAGAAAAUAAAACAAAUCGGUUUAAAAAAUGUGUAAAGAAAUGAACCCUAAAACUAUAAGUAAGUUAAAAGUGAUCCUUUUGUGUAUAUGAUAUAUGUUAUUUAUAAUGAAUACAAAGCGCUUUCGAUUGAGUGUCACAAUACAAAACCAAAGUAAUCCUAGGCAGCAAAUGAGAAGUCAGAGCAAAACCAGGCAAAAGGGAAAUUCGAGUAACCAAAUUGCGAUAAUUAUUAUAAGUGUUGUAUGAGAUUGGCUGCGAAGUUAUCUAAUGAGAAGUUGGUUAAUAAGUUAUUAAAUAAAAAUAUGGGUAAAUUAAUAGAUAUAUGUAAUUUCAACUGCUUCUCUGAUCUUCAUAUCUAUUUACGUGUCGUUCGAUUUCUUUUUGGUAUGGUUAACUGAGUUCAAUACUUACUAUUAUACGAAUAUC